CGCGCGCCCGCCGCCAUCUUCGCGCCACCGCCCCACGCACCGCGCGCGCACGGCCCCGCCCCGCGGCCCCGCCCUGAGCACCGGGAAGGGGCGUGGCCGGAGCGCGGGGGGCGGGGCCGCGUGGAGACACCGCGCGCUCAUUGGCUGCGGCGAGAACGGGGCGGGGCCGUGGGCGGGGCCCGGAGAUGGGCGUGGCGGCGCGGGCUGCGGGCGGGGCUACGGGGACCCCCGGGGCCGGACCGGGACGUGCGGGGCGCCGUGCGCGGCAGCGCGACCGCCGCGUCGCGGAGAACCGCGGGCCACGGGGGUCCCGCUCCGGGGACGGCCCCGCACCGGGCACCGGAACCCGUCCCCACGCGGUGCCCCGCGCCCCACGCCCGCACCCCGUGGCGCAGCCCCGCCCCGUUCCCCGCACGCCGCCCCCCACGGCCCCGGGGACCGCCCGUUGCCAGGAGCCGCCCGCAGCCGUGACCGCAGCACCGCGCCCUGCGGGAGGCUGCGGGACCCCCCCCCGGCCCCACCGCACCAUGCGCGGCCUCGGCACGGUGCUGUCCCGCCGCUGGGACUCAGCCGAGCCCGGCGGCAACACCGGACACGGACGACGCGCCGCCGAAGCCCGGGGAUGGAUCCUGGACCCCUCCGGGGAGCGCUACUACUGGUGGCUGAGCGCCAUGGUGCUGCCCGUGCUGUACAAUUGGGUCGUCAUCAUCUGCAGGUGCUGCUUCACGGAGGUGCAGGAGCGGCACGCAGCGCUGUGGCUGAGCCUGGAUUGUGUCGGCGAUGCGCUGUACCUGCUGGACAUCGGCGUGCGUCUGCACACCGGGUUCCUGGAGGAGGGCAUCCUGGUCUUGGAUCGGGGGCGCAUCCGGCGCCGCUACCUGCGCUCCAGCAGCUUCGCAUGGGACGUGGCCUCUCUGCUGCCCAUUGAGCUGCUGUGCCUGCGCCGGCGCUCAGCCAUGCGCGCCAACCGCUGCCUGCGCGCCCCGCGGCUCUUCGAGGCCUUCGACCGCCGGGAGACGCGCACAGCUCACCCCUCCGCCUUCCGCAUCGCCAAACUGAUGCUCUACGUCUUCAUCGCCAUCCACUGGAACGCCUGCCUCUACUUCGCGCUGUCCGUGCGCCUGGGGCUGGGCUCUGACACCUGGGUGCACCCCAACGGGAGCCGCCCCGGCUUUGCACGCCCGCUGCGGCAGUACCUGCACAGCUUCUACAUCUCCACCCUCAUCCUCACCACGGUGGGCGACACGCCGGAGCCGCGCCGCGAGGAGGAGCUCCUCUUCAUGACGGCCGGCUUCCUGCUGGCCGUGCUGGGCUUCGCCACCAUCAUGGGCAGCAUGAGCUCCGUCAUCGCCAACAUGAGCGCGGCCGACGCCUCCUUCUACCCGGACCACGGCCCGGUGCAGCGCUACCUGCGGGCUCACGGCGUGGCUGGGCGGUUGGUGCGGCGCGUGGCCGCGUGGCACGAGCACCUGCGUGCGCAGCGCAAGCUGGCAGAGGAGCACGUCGUGCUGCGGCACCUGCCCGAGCGGCUGCGCGCCGAGGUGGCUGCCAGCGUGCACCUCCCAGCGCUGAGCAAGGUGGCCCUGUUCCAGAGCUGUGAGCGUGGCGUGUUGGAGGCGCUGGUGCUACGCCUGCGCCCUCAGGUCUUCGGGCCCGGAGAGUUCGUGUGCCGGCGCGGCGAUGUGGGUCGGGAGAUGUACUUCAUCCGCGAGGGGCGGCUGGAGGUGCUGGGAGCUGACGGUGUGACGCAGCUCGCCGUGCUGGGAGAGGGGCUCUACUUCGGGGAGAUCAGCCUCAUCAACAUCCCCGGGAACCGCUCGGGGAACCGGCGCACAGCCGACAUCCGCAGCAUCGGCUACGCAGACCUCUUCUGCCUGGCCAAGGAGGACCUGGCAGAGGUACUGACUGAAUUCCCCAGUGCCCGGGUGCUGUUGGAGGCCAAGGGCCGUGAGAUCCUGCUGCGUAUGGACAAGCUGGAUGUGCGCGCCGAGGCGGCGGCAGCAGCGGCCCGGGAGGAGGCUGAGCACCGAGCGCAGGUGCUGGAGGCGGCGUUGGAGGCUCUGCAGACACAAACGGCGCGGCUGCUGGCACAGCUGGAGUCCAGUGCCCUCAAACUGGCACUGCGCAUCGGGAGCCUGGAGAGCAGGGUGCAGCAGCCUGGCAAGUGGGGACAGGGGAAGGGCAGGAAGAGGAGUCCCGGCAGGUUGCAGCGUGCUGCAGGGGGAGGGGGGCCUGAGGGGCAACCCACCGAGGCGCAAGAUCCCACUAAGGCGCAGGGUCCCACUAAUGUACAGGGUCCCAGGGGGGCACAGGGUCCCACCACAGCACAAGGUCCCAUUGGCAUACCAGGUCCCACAGGGACACACAGACCCACCAGGGCACGGGGUCCCACCAGGGUGCAGGGUCCCCCUGGUGCACGGGGUUCCACUGGUGUGGGGGGUCCCACUGGUGCAUGGGCUCCCUCUGGUGCACGAGGUCCCAUUGGCACACGAGGUCCCACUGGUGUAUGGGGUCCCAUUGGCACCCGAGGUCCCACUGGUGUACGGGGUCCCACUGGUGCACAGGGUCCCACCAGGGGUCGGGGUCCCACAGGGGCACAGGGCACGCAGCCCAGAGGCCGCUGGCGCUGAAGGUCGGGGAUCUGCCUGGCUGCCCAGUGUGCAAUAGCAGUGACAGCCGGUGCGUUGUGACAGUCGUUGCUAGGUAACCAUGACAACAGUUGCUAGGUAACAAUGACAACAACCGCUAGGUGAUGGUGACAAUAGUUGCUAUGUAGCAAUAACAACAGUUGCUAAGCAA